AUGGAAACAGCUAGAGUUAAGGCGCAAGAAGUAUUCUUUCGAAUCUGCCUAUCUUUCAUAAGAGCUUUGUAUCGAAUUCUUGAUUGUAGCUGGGAGGAUAUUCUUAAAGGGUUAAUAGUUACUACAUCAACAGAUCCUAGCAAAUGUAGUUAUCAUAUUUUAUAUGCACCAGCUCUCCUUAUUGAUCAUCAUGAACUCAAAGCGUUUACAGAAUUAGUAUAUACCAUAACCGGUGAAAAAUUUGGCAAGUAUAUCGACAGAGGGUUGCCUGGUCAGAAUUUCAACCUUCGCCUAAUCGGAUCAGCAAAAAAAGCAGAUAACUCAGAGGGGAUCUCUAGUGCUCCUAUUUUCGAGCUAACCACUAAUCCCCAAAGAGGUCGAGACCUGUAUCCUCAUCAUCCGACUCAGAAACUGGAUCUUCAUAGAUUCUGGAUCGAAUCCGUUAAAUCUCUUCCUAACGAAUCUGCAAAUAAUUGUGAAGAAGUAGGAAACAAGUGUUCAUGGAUCGAAGUACUAUUAUCAUCUGACUCGGAAAUUGGAGCUUCAGGGAUUUUGGGUUGA